CACGUGGGCUGCGUGAGGAGAAAACCUGCGCUGUAGUGGCUCGCAGUUUAGUCCGCACGGAGGAUACGGGAGGCUGGUAAACGCUUCACACACAUCUAAACACCCAGAGUAAACAAUGCCAUCGGUUCCCUCGACUAAAGAGGCUCCCGUCAAGGGCAGCGUCUGCCCGCACGCCGCCAAGCUGCACCUCACCAACGGAGACCUGAAGCUGCACGAGGCCUCGUUCCCGGUGAACGGCGUGGAGAAGCGCGCCGCGGUGGAGGAGCCGCAGGAGUCCAGCCGGACCGUUCAGAUUAAGACAAAGGAACCCGGUCCUGACAGGAAAUGGAUCCGGCCCGACCUCCCCAGCCGCUGCACAUGGAGCCUGGGAGCCUCCAAAGCCGACUCCCCUCACAAGCAGGUUCCAAGAACACCUACUCCUACCAUCCUCCCAAACAUCCUGCACAGGAUCGGUGACACACCUCUGGUGCGCAUCAACAAGAUUCCCAAGCUGUUUGGACUCAAAUGUGAAAUAUUGGCCAAGUGCGAGUUUUUCAACGCUGGCGGCAGCGUCAAGGACAGGAUCAGCCUGCGGAUGGUGGAGGACGCCGAGAGAGCCGGGCUGCUGCAUCCAGGAGACACUAUCAUAGAGCCCACCUCUGGAAAUACCGGCAUCGGACUGGCUCUGGCUGCAGCUGUGAAGGGCUACCGUUGCAUCAUCGUCAUGCCUGAGAAGAUGAGCAUGGAGAAGGUGGAUGUCCUGAGAGCUCUCGGAGCAGAGAUCGUCCGUACGCCCACCAGCGCUCGUUUCGACUCACCAGAGUCUCACGUGGGAGUGGCCUGGCGCCUGAAGAACGAGAUCCCCAACUCCCACAUCCUGGAUCAGUACCGCAACCCCAGCAACCCGCUGGCCCACUACGACACCACGGCGGAGGAGAUCCUGGAGCAGUGCGGCGGUAAAGUGGACAUGCUGGUGGCUGGCGCCGGCACCGGGGGGACAAUCACAGGGAUUGCUCGCAAACUGAAGGAAAAAUGCCCAAACAUCAAAAUCGUUGGUGUUGACCCAGAAGGCUCCAUCCUGGCUGAGCCUGACGAUCUGAACAAGACUGAUAAGACCCAGUAUGAGGUGGAGGGAAUUGGAUACGACUUUGUCCCGACUGUCCUCGACAGAUCCGUUGUGGAUACCUGGUACAAGUCCAACGAUGAGGAGUCCUUCAACAUGUCUCGUAUGCUCAUUAGAGACGAAGGCCUGCUGUGCGGAGGCAGCUCUGGGACCGCCAUGGCAGCAGCUGUAAAAGUGGCCAAGGAGCUGAAGGAGGGCCAGCGCUGUGUGGUCAUCCUGCCCGACUCCAUCCGCAACUACAUGUCUAAGUUCCUGAAUGACAAGUGGAUGGUGGAGAGAGGCUUCCUGAGAGAGGAAGACCUGAUGGAGAAGAAGCCUUGGUGGUGGAACUGGAAGCUGCAGUGCUUGAACCUGUCAGCCCCUCUUACCGUCCUGCCAAGUGUCACCUGCCAGAAGACCAUCAAAAUCCUCAAGGAGAAGCGAUUCGACCAGGUGCCGGUCGUGGAUGAGGCUGGGUUGAUCCUGGGAAUGGUUACUUUAGGGAACAUGUUGUCAUCAAUUCUCGCUGGAAAGAUCCAGCUGUCUGACCCCGUCAGCAAAGUGCUCUACAAGCAGUUCAAACAGAUCCGUCUGACUGAUAACUUGGGAAAGUUAUCCCGCAUCCUUGAGACUGACCACUUUGCCCUGGUGGUGCACGAACAGAUCCAGUACCUGACGGACGGCUCCCCCGUCAUGAAGCAGAUGGUGUUCGGCGUGGUGACGGCCGUCGACCUGCUCAACUUCGUCACGGGCCGGGAAAGGAGAGAGCGCUCCAUGUCAGAGUCCACAGACGAGCUGUGAUCGGCUAAAACGAUAGCACGCUGGAACAUUUCUAUACAUAAGUAUCACAAAUCCUGACGAGUUUAAUAGAUAUGUCUCAGAGAUGUAAGAGGAAGAAACAUGUUGCUGUUUGAAGUUUGGGUUGGGGUGGGCUCUCAUUUGCAUUUACUGUUUUGUUUCAAAACUCAAGUCUUACCAUUGAUUGGGCAGAACGCAUCAUGCUACGCUCAGCUUGUUGUAGGGUUGGAUCAAUUGUAAGUUUGUAAUUUAUGAACAGUUUUUGUUUACUUCCAGGCUCACGUUAAAGGUCUUUAUGUUGCUCUACUAUCAUAAAAAUACAUGAUUGUAUCGCUGUUGCCUUGUUUGUCAAACAUAAGGAACUAAACACACUGAAAAGUACAUUAAUCUUUCUGAUCAUAAGAGCUUGGAAGGCUGUGUAUAUAAGCUUAUGUUAGUCUUGUUCAAUGCUUUUUUUUUUUUUUCUUUGAUCACAAUUAUUUCCUACUUCUGUGCACAACACCAUGUUACUGUAAAGAAGUCUUGAAUUUUAAUUUUAGCUAUGUCUAGAGGAAAACAUUUUGUAUUGCAGUUUUUUUUUUUCUUUAGUGAAUGCGUAUAAAUAAAUGAAAUUUAA